AUGGAAACCCUUGUUCUAACGUGGGUACUACUUCUAAUGUUCUCAUUUGCAGCAUCUGAUACAAAUUCCACCUCUGAAACGUACACCCUCAUCAAAGCCACCAAUUUCGCAAGGCCAAACUGCCAAAGCAAAUGCGGAGACUUGGUUGUUCCGUACCCUUUUGGCAUCGGCAUCAACUCAGGUUGUUCUAUAGGCCCUGGGUUUGACGUCUACUGUAACACUUCUUCAGACCCUCCAAGGGCUUCCCUUGAAUCUAUAUCUUACGCCUCGAUCAAACAGAUAUCUGAUUCCACGCUGCGGAUUUCCAAUACGGUGUCUACCAGAUGCUAUUUUCCAGAUGGCAACAUUCAAAGUGCCGUUAAUUUUUCCCCAUAUUUCAAUAAUACUCCAUACACCAUCUCGGAAGUAAACAAGUUAACGGUCAUCGGCUGCAAUGAAUAUGCUUGGGUGACCUCAAAAAUGAAGCCUACAGGUUGUUUGGUGAUUUGCUAUGAACAAGAGGAUGAUAUAGGUGAUGACUGUUCAGGCAAUGCUUGCUGUCAAUCAUCCAUACCCGAACCCAUAAACUACUAUGUAACUCAAUUCUAUGCCUUGCAAGAGUCCAACUUUUCGAACAAUGGGUCUCAGACUUUAAAUCCCUGUACAUAUGCCUUUGUCGGGGACGUGGAAGCAUUCAAGUUCAAUGGUACAACAGAUUUAAAAGACACUUCCUUGGAUAAAAAGAUUGAAGCUAAUGUUCCAAUAGUGCUCGAUUGGGCAAUUGGUGAUCUGAGUUGCAGCGAAGCCGAAGCAAUAAAUGGUACUGCCUGCCAAUCAAAUAGCAUGUGUGUUAACUCUAAAAGGGAAACAGGUGGGUACCGUUGCAAAUGUAACGAAGGUUAUGAAGGAAAUCCCUAUCUAUCUCCUGGUUGCCAAGAUAUCGAUGAGUGUAAAGAUAAGUUGCAGUUUCCAUGUCAUGGAACUUGUGUUAAUAUUCCUGGGAAUUACACGUGCAAAUGUAAACAAGGGUAUUCUGGUGAUGCCAAGAUUAAAGAUGGUUGUAGUCGCAAAAUUCCAAUCCUCCAACUCACAUUAGGUUUGGGGCUUGGAUUCCCCGCCAUCCUGAUUGGAUUAUGGGUGUUGUACUUCACCGCCAAGAAAAGGAAGCUAGUUAAGCUAAGAGAAAAAUUCUUUGAAAAAAAUGGAGGUGUGCUAUUACAAGAUAAACUAAAGACCAAGGGUGGAGUUGGUAUCGGUUCCAUGAGAAUUUUUCAAGUUGAAGAGCUAGAAGCAGCUACUGAAAAUUUUGCAGAAAAUAGGAUUCUUGGCAAAGGAGGUAAUGGCAUUGUUUACAAGGGGACUCUACCAGAUAAGUCUGUCGUGGCAAUCAAGAAGUCACAAAGAUUGGAUGAAGGACAAAGGGUACAAUUUAUAAAUGAAUUGGUAAUUCUCACACAAAUUAAUCACCAAAACAUCGUGCAACUUUUGGGAUGUUGUUUGGAAACCGAUAUCCCAUUACUGGUUUAUGAAUUCAUCUCUAAUGACACUCUUAAUCGUCAUAUUCAUAAUCAAACAAGUGGCUUGGAAAGAUUGUCUUGGAAUAAUCGUCUAAGGAUAGCACAUGAAUCAGCUAGUGCACUUGCUUAUCUUCACACAGAUACUAGAAUGUCCAUCAUACAUAGAGAUGUGAAAUCAACUAAUAUCUUGUUGGAUGACAAUUACACAACAAAAAUUGCAGACUUUGGAGCCUCGAGGUUAGUCCCCUUGGGUCAUGAUCAAGUUACUACAUUAGUUCAAGGGACAUUGGGGUACUUGGAUCCUGAAUAUUUCCAUACAGGCCAACUAACAGAUAAGAGUGAUGUGUAUAGCUUUGGAGUAGUUCUUGCAGAGCUCUUAACAGGCAAAAAGCCCAUCAACAUAGAUAGAUGCUUAGAUGAUCGAAAUCUUGCAACAUAUUUUGUGAAUGCAAUGAAGGAAAAUCAAUUGCUUGAAAUUCUUGAACAUCAAAUAGUAAUCGAGGCAACUGACGAGCAGAUAAAAGGAACAUGUGAUCUGGCAUGUAGAUGCCUUAAUAUAGCAAGUGAGAGAAGGCCUAGCAUGAAAGAAGUGACCAUGGAUCUUGAAUCGUUGAGGAAGUUCGGAAAACAUCCUUGGGAUUGUCAAGACAUGAAGUACAACAAAAUGAGUAGCUUAAUGAUUGAAGUGGAAGAUGUUGAUCUUUAUACUGCUCCUUUUAUAACUAAUAGUGAUACUUUUGGAGGGUAUAGUUCAAGUAGUAUUGGAAGGUCAAACAGAACGCUCUAAGUACGAAAGGCUCGUUUAUGAUUGAGGAAGGAAUAGAACUUUUACAUGACAUUAGUAUCCUUACUUCAUACUUGUGAUAACAUACAAUGUACUUUAUAUGUAAAUUCAUGCCAUUAUGAUUAUAUGUUUCAAAGU